AUGUAUAGGAUGAGCCUAGCAUCGGGAACCGAAACGUCACAAGUCUUCGCAGCCUUGCCCAUACGUGGCACCCAUGCACAGGGGAGCCCAAUCGCCCUCACCUCCCUACUUGCGCCUACACUUCGAACGUUUCGCCAUCUCCCUUUCUUCUCCUUUUUGAGACAGAGCACAACUUUCACAGCAUACGGCAGGCAUGCACGGGUCGAGUUUCCACUCACCUUCCGUGCUGAACGGCAGGCACGCACGGGUCUAGUUUUUCACUCGCCUCUCGUGCCGAACGGCAGACGCGCACGGUCGAGUCUUCACUCACCUCUCGUGCCGAACGGCGGACGCGCACGAUCGAGUCUUCACUCACCUCUUGUGCCGAACGGCUGGCAGGCACGGGUCGAGUUUUCACUUACCCCUCGUGCCGAACGGCAAGCGCGCCUAGUCGAGUUUUCACUUACCCCUCGUGCCGAACGGCAGGCGCGCCUGGUCGUGUUUUCACUCACCUCUCGUGCCGAACGGUAG